GGCAUGAGUUGCUCAUUAACAUUUCUUUUGUUUCCAAGGGCUGGGAGAGGUCUGAGGUGUGAAUUGGUCAUUACAAUGUGUGACAAGCUUGGUGGGAACAUCCUGUGUUCAGUGUUUUGUCUAUCUGAGCACCUUGAAAACUCUUUGCAUGCAUUUUUCAGGAUAAAAAAAAGGCUCUGGACAGCAUUGGGAACUGGAAGAGUUUAAAAAAAAAAAAUUUCAAACACAAACGCUUAGAGACGCGAUUUGCCACGUUUACAAGCGUUUUGCAUUUGAAACGCUGAUAAAAUCGACGUCUGAACGCAAGUUUGUUGCGU